AGCAAAAGACCUAUUAACUGCGUUAUUGUUGGCGAUGCUGAAGUUGGCAAAACGUCAAUGUUAAAAGUACUCACUCACGAAAGUUUGACUGUGCCUGAUGAAUACGUACCUACUAUUUUUGAUUUGGACGGUCGGCUUUUCACUGACAGCUUUUUUGGAUCGCUUUCGUUCAAAGUCUACGAUACAGCAGGCAAGAGCCGAUACGAUCGUCUUCGCCAGUUAACAUGUCUCGAUGCAAACGUUGUUAUAAUCUGUUAUUCGAUCAACUCUCGAAGCUCAUUCUGGGAUGCCGAAUAUCGAGUAGAGCUAAUUUGCUUAAAUAAAUUUGUUAAAGCCGAGUCUUCUGAACUCCCAAUCAAACAAUCUCAGCUAUCAUUGAAGUUGUUGGGAUAUAAGAAUUACUUGCAGUGGUACGAUGAGAUCCGAUUUGGCUUUUUUCCCAGAGCUACACCUUUCGUUUUGGCAGCUACAAAAAUCGAUCUUCGAACGGACGAAAGCAUGAAAAUAAUACUGAGGGAUGAGCGAGAUUCGAUGGUUUCAAGCAUCGAAGGCAGAAACCUGAGCCGUCGCAUUGGAGCAUUUGCAUAUGUGGAGUGCAGCGCUAAAAAUCGAGUGCGUGCUAAUCAGACUGGGAAAGUGCCCGCUUCAAGCUGA